UAAGGGUUUAUUAAAAGUACAUAUUUAAUGUGCGACGUCUGUUAUCUUGCAUAUAGUGCUUAUUAAAAUAUUAGACCAUAAAGAAAUUUAACUUCAUGGAUUUUUAAUUGUAUCUCAAAGCCGUAAAGAUUAGUAGAGUUAUGCUGUUUGCAAUCAAAAUGGAACACAAGUGCUAAUGCAUUCAGUUAUAGUUGAGUCUUCGAGCAGUAAACAUUUGUAAAGUUGUGACAAUGGUGACGAGGCAGAUAACCUCCGAGACUUCUGGAGAAAUUGUGUCUGAAACUGGCGGUCCGAAAGUGGGCGUGCGACACUUGCAAGCUGUGCUUUUAUUCUUCGGUUUCUGUGUGUCGUUUAUGCAGCGUUGCAAUCUCUCUCUGGCCAUAGUGGCAAUGAUGGAUCGGAAUUCCACAAACCCAGACUUUCCGGAGUAUGCCUGGUCGGAGCAAACAAAGUCAGUGUUAUUGAGCAGUUUCUUUUGGGGUUACCUCGUCAUGCAGAUACCCUCCGGUAUGCUGGCACAGCGCUUUGGCGGUAAAGUAGUGUUGCUCUGCGGUGUCGCGUUUUCUGGAUUACUCGCCUUACUUACGCCCUACAGCGCUCAAUUGGGCGAUUGGCAAUUAACAUGCGUCGUGCGUGUGUUGCAAGGCUUCUGUCAAUCUGUCUUAUAUACUUCCGGGCAUACACUUUUAGGUCAAUGGGCGCCACCAGCUGAACGCGGCAUUUUAGCAACACUUUGCUAUUCCGGCCCACAAUUCGGAACGGUCAUCAUAUUGAGUAUUGGUGGCGAAUUAGCCACUUCACAGUUUGGAUGGCCGAGCAUUUUCUAUAUUUCUGGCGGUUGUGGCAUUAUCUGGUGUUUUAUGUGGUUGCUGUGGGGCGCUGAUUCUCCACGUCAAUCCAAAUUAAUAUCAUCAAGGGAGCAAAAUUACAUCGAAUCAGCAUUAGCGGAGAUUUCUGAGAGCGAAAAUAAUGCCACCACAGCUAAAAUAACAACACCAUGGUUGAGCAUAUUCAAAUCGGUGCCGUUUUGGGCGAUACUCAUCGGUAAUUGUACCUACAGUUGGGGCUUUUGGACAAUGAUGACACAAAUACCCUCGUAUAUUAAAAAUGUGUACAAUCAGGAUAUCCAAAGUAAUGCCUUGCUCUCCGCCCUUCCAUAUGUCGCUAAUUUAGUACUCAGUCUGUUUUUCUGUGCCCUUGCCCAUAAACUGCUAUCUGCGAAAGUGACUAGCACGAAUGCUAGUCGGAAGAUUUUCAACACGAUCGGCACGUGGAUACCGAUGGCGGCCAGCAUUGCGCUGGGUUCCAUCGAUGCUGAUCAACCUGAUUUGGCCGUUAUUCUUUUGACUGUGGCAGUGGGUGUCAACUCAGCAUCAUUUUUAGGUGCAAUGGUGAAUCUUAUUGACUUAUCGCCAAAUUUUGCUGGAACACUGAUGAGCAUGACAAACUUUGCGGGUACUAUGAUGAGCGUUAUAGCACCGUUAGUGGUUGGAGUCAUUGUGACAGAUGCGACAAACCCAAAUCAGUGGCGCUAUAUUUUUUACAUUGUGGCGUUGUUUUAUUUUUUUGGCAAUUUACUGUUUGUAGUUUUGGGUAGCAGCAAAUUGCAGCCGUGGAACGAGCCGCUGCAACGACAUACAAAACGUGUUGAACAAAACGUGGAGAUGAAGUGUCAUGCUUAAAAGGAACGUCACAGAAAAGCUAUUGGAUGCAAGCAUAAUUAUUCAAAUUAUUAAUUAGUUUUUGGUUUUUUUAAUACUUUGCUUUUUAUACUCUUGUAACCAGUUGCUGCAGAGUAUUAUAGUUUUGUCCACUUUACGGUUGUACACAUCACCUAAAACUAAGGGAGAUAGGGCUAUAUAUACAUACUAGAGGACCCGCCCAAGUUUUACUGUGGCUGUUACAUAGGUAGUACUACUAAUACCAUCUAUAUGAUUUGUAUUAGUUAGAUUAUAAAUAUUAUUUGAGGUAUAAUCGCAUUUUUGGUGAAGCAACUUGUGUUAGUUUACAAAAAAAUGAAUCAUAAAGAAUUUCGUGCGUUAAGAAAGAAUUGAUUUUUGGUGUAAAAAUACUAUUGAAUUUGAGCUGUGCAUCAGUGAAAUCAAUCGAGUCCAAUCGACUGUCAGCCUAGUGGACUUUGGCAUCGUCUUGUUUAAUGCACGUUUACGCCUAUUUAAGGUUUGAAUAUUGGAUACUGCGAUGGUAGCGCCAUCUAUCGGUCAAACAUUUAAAAUUAGCAAUUAAUUACAAAUGAAAAAUUAAUUUAAAAAACAUUUUCCAGUGGAUCAAAUUGUAAAUCUAAACCAUUCUCGAAUCUCCUUGAACAUACACACAAAAUUUCAUCAAAAUCGGUCCAUCCGUUUAGGAGCAGUUCAAAUGCAAACACACGGUCAGAAGAUUUAUAUAUAUAAAGAUAUUAAA